AUACAUAAUUUAUAUAAAUAUUUUGUUUUUUUUUACUUUUUACCUGCUUUUUAUUAUAUAAACACAAAUAUGGAUAUUAAGUGUGCUUAUAUAUCUAGUAACUGUAAUCAAACCCCUUCUGCCGCAGAUUGUAGUAAAAACAAUGUUAUUGCUUAUGGAUCAUCAAAUGCAGUGUUGAUCUAUGAUCCAAAUUUUGGUAGUGGUGGCAAGGUGAUCCAUACUCUGGUAUCACACACAAAAAGGGUUAACACUGUAAGAUGGAUCCGGGGUGUAACAAAUGAAGAACAAGAAAUAAUUUCCGGAUCUGCAGAUGGUUCUUUAAUAGUAUGGUCCUUGGUGGAAGGAACUUACAGGCCCAGUUAUUUAAGGCAUAAUGAUUUUAAUAAGAAUUUAGGAGUUAACAUUGUUGAUGGAUAUUAUUUUAAUGGAUCCACUUUUGUAGUAUGUGCUGCAACUGACAGUAGCACUCUUCGGAUAUGGAAAAGAAGUACCAGAAAUUCAGAAUUUGAUCUUGUGGAGAGCUUCCACUAUGGCAAAAAGACCAACCCCAACUACUGUGUAGGCCUGAGACUUGGAUUAUUUUCUAAAGAAAAUCAACUGGUUAUAGCAUGUGCUUUGGACAAUUGGAAAAUCGAAGUAAUAAUCCAAAAUACAUCAGAUGAAAAAUGGAUAAAACAUACAACACUUUUUGGACAUGAAGACUGGGUUAGAGGUUUAGACUUUAAAAAUGAUGUUAAUGGAGACUUGCUGUUAGCGUCAUGCUCUCAAGAUUCACUUAUUCGAAUAUGGCGUUUUUCACAUUGUGGCAAAAAAUGUCUUUCUGCAGAGGCAAUGUUGGAAACAGUAUUGUCCGGCCACGAAGGGUGGGUUUACUCAGUGCAUUGGAAUCCUAAAAAUAUGCAGUUACUCUCCGCCUCUAUCGAUAAAAGCAUGAUUAUAUGGGAAUAUGAUAAAACUUCAGCUCUUUGGCUAGAAAAAAUUCGAGUAGGAGAAGUAGGUGGUAACACUUUAGGAUUUUACGGAGGUUUUUUUAAUGAAACGGGUAAUGAAAUAAUCGCCUACAGUUACCACGGAGCAUUUCACAUUUGGGCAGAGAACAAAAACGGCCUUUGGGAUCCCGCUGUUAGUCUGGGGGGUCAUUUUGCAGAAGUUACAGACCUCGCGUGGGAACCUCAAGGGGAAUUUUUAUACUCGGUUAGUGCAGAUCAGACUGCCAGGAUCCAUGCGCCUUGGAAAAAAGAAAAUAAAGAGAUGACCUGGCACGAAAUUGCAAGAUCACAAGUCCAUGGGUACGACUUAAGUUCCUUAGCUGUUAUAUCAAGAUAUAAAUACGUAUCUGGAGCGGAAGAAAAAGUUAUUCGUGUCUUUGAAGCACCUGGUAUAUUUAUUGAAAAUUUAAGAAGAUUAUGUAGAAUAAAUGAAGAGGGUGAUACAGGCUUGUCAAUACCUAAGGGUGCAUCAGUCCCUUCGUUAGGUCUUUCAAAUAAAGCAGUAUUUACAGAUGACAACAUUGAAGAUACUCUACCAGUAGACAACAAAAACCCUUAUCCAGAAGAGUCCCAUUUUGUAGCUCAAACUUUGACAGAGCCCCCCACAGAAGAAACGCUUUUGCAAAACACAUUAUGGCCAGAAACUCAGAAACUUUACGGUCAUGGCUAUGAAAUAUUUUCAUUAGCAGCAUCACCGGAUGGAAAAUAUUUGGCUUCGGCAUGUAAAUCUUCCAAGUUAGAGUAUGCCGCCAUCCUUAUUUGGGAAACUAAAAAUUGGCAACAGAUUCAAAAGUUAAUAUCUCAUUCCUUAACGGUAACUCAAAUGCAAUUCUCGCCCGACUCGCAGCACCUACUUUCCGUAUCUAGAGAUAGAAGAUGGUCACUUUUUACCAAAUCUGCAGAGGAUAACUUCGAAUUGGUAGCGACUACCAAUAAACAAACUGCCAUUCAUACAAGAAUAAUAUGGACUUGUGCCUGGACUCAUGAUUCAAAAUAUUUUGCCACUGGAUCUAGAGAUGGAAAGAUCAUAAUGUGGACACAGAACCUUAAGAAAGAUUCUGUUCCACCUUUAGGAUUAUAUGAAAACGCUAUGGAACCAAUGGAAUUUCCAGGCGAAUCAGUGACUGCACUCUCGUUUGGCCCUGGUUUAGUUAAUAAUGGAUACAUUUGUGCUGUGGGUACUGAAAAAGGAAUCAUUGAAAUAUUUUUUUUUGAAAAUUUACAAUUUCGCAAAGUUCUACGGUUGGACCAUAGCGUUGCCCACCAUUUAACUGUAAAACGAUUAGCGUUUAGACCUCGCUUUGGAAAAGCUGGCGAAAAGGAAGAAAAUAGUCGUGUGUUACAAUUAAGUAGUUGUAGUUCAGACUCAUCUGUAAGGGUGUACGAUCUUAUUUUGUAAUAAUAAUUUAAUGUAUUUAAGUUUCACCUUCAGUGACUUGAUAGUUAAGUUCAAAACUUUUUAUUGAAAUAUUUGAUUUUUUUUAUUUCAUAUUUGGUAAAUAUAAGUUACUAUUAUAGUUGA